AUGCAGCUCGGAAUAUCUGAACGACUUGGCACGUUCGUCGAGUGCGUGUCGCUCAUCCUGACGGCCCUUAUUGUCGCCCUUAUAUGGAAUUGGGAAUUAGCACUAGUCACAUUGGCCGGCCUUGUGAGCGUCUUACUUAUAGUCGGCGUCCUGAUGCCGCUCACGGUCAAAGGCAAAGCCCGCCAGGUUGAGUCAGAAACCCAGGCGGCUGCUGUUGCUAGUGAGACAUUUGCGGGAAUUCGUAUGAUCAUGGCCUGCGGUGCACAGAAGCAAGUGGUUGACAAAUAUGCUGCCUUUAUCGAAACCGCCAAGAAGGAGGCCCAGUCUAUCAGCCCAAUUGCCGCGCUUCAGUUUGCAUUGACUUUUCUUGGUAUCUUCGGGACUGUUGCGCUCACUUUCUGGUAUGGUACUGUGAUGUUUACCAAAGCCAAGUUGGAGAACAUUGGCGAGAUUGUCGUCGUUCUCAUGGCUCUCACCACCAUGUUCUUUUCAUUCGAUCGCCUAUCCGUACCAUUGCAGUCUAUUGGAAGGUCCAUGGCUGCCGCCUGUGAAUUCUUCGCCGUCAUCGAUGCUCCUUUACCCGAAGCUGGACAACUAAAGGAACCGGAUGUAUCGGCCACUGGGGACAUCAUCUUCGAUAACGUUACUUUUGCCUAUCCUAGUCGACCUCACAUUACCGUUUUGGACAGCUUGGACUUGCGCAUCGAGUCUGGCAAGAUAACCGCCAUAGUGGGUCCAUCGGGUUCCGGGAAAAGCACAAUCGUCGGCCUCAUCGAGCGCUGGUAUACGCUAAAACAGCAAGAUCAAACCGAGAAGAAGCCAGAGGACCACGAGGAUGGCGGUGAAACAAACAGCGAAAUUGAAACCUCAAUGGAACGGUCGCCCGUCCGGCUACAGGGUACAGUUAAAAUUGGUGGCCAAUCGUUGGAUGAUGUCAACGUUAAGUGGUGGAGAUCGCAAAUCGGGCUUGUUCAACAGGAGCCAUUCCUGUUCGAUGACAGCAUCUAUAACAACGUGGCUCACGGUUUGAUUGGCUCUUCUUGGGAGAACGAAAGCGAAGAGCAUAAGAGGCAGCUUGUCAAGAAAGCCUGCGAAGAAGCCUACGCCGAUGAGUUUAUCAGCAAGCUCCCAGAAGGAUACAAUACGAUGGUUGGCAGCGGCGGUGCCAAACUUUCCGGCGGCCAACGCCAGCGAAUCGCCAUUGCCCGGUCCAUAAUCAAGAAUCCAGCCAUCCUCAUACUCGACGAGGCCACUAGCGCUAUUGAUGUGCGCGGUGAGCGGAUAGUUCAGGAGGCCCUUGACCGAGUUUCUAAAGGGAGAACCACCAUUACCAUCGCCCAUCGACUUUCCACGGUCAAGGCUGCUGAUCGUAUCGUGGUCCUUCAAAAGGGAAAAGUUGUUGAAUCCGGAACCCAUCAAAGUCUGACGGCCAUCGAUGGGGGACUUUAUGCCCGCCUGGUAAAUGCGCAAGCUGUCUCCCUGGGAAAUACCGAGCUUCACGACUUUGAAGAUGCAUCCGCGGCCGAAGGCACCGAUUCCUUGACUCGUGAGGAAACUCUACAAAAGUCCGAGUACCACGACCAGCCGGACAUCGCUGCUCCGACAGAGGUUAAAAUGACCCGUAGCUUCUUCAAAAGUUUCGCCCGAUUUUUCAUUGAGUCCAAGGCAUACUGGAACCUCAUUAUUUUCUUCUUGAUAACUUCCUUCGCCGCCGGCACAGCACAGCCCUUGUACGCUUGGCUCUUCGCCAACUCUAUUGACCUUUUCAAAUACCAGGAAAUCCCCCAACAAUUAAUGGAUAAGAUGGAUUUUAUGUGUAUAAUGUGGACUGUAUUUGCAGCCUCAGCAUCUAUCGCGUACUUUUCGACUUUUGCAUCAUCGGGCCAGGUGGCAGCGUCUAUCUUGGCGAUUUACCGGACACAAUAUUUCGAGUCGCUGGUCUUCCAAAAGGCGGCGUAUUUUGAUGAGGCCGGCCACUCGCAGGGCACUUUGGUUGCUCGAGUCAGAGAUGAUCCGGUACGGCUCGAGGAGAUGAUGGGAACGAACAUCGCGCAGCUCCUUAUCGCGAUUGGGAAUGUCAUCGGUGGCGUGGUGAUGGCUCUUGCCUACAGCUGGAAGCUCGCGCUCGUUUCAUUCUCUGCCGCCAUUCCAGUGUGCGUCUUCUCAGGGUAUAUCCGCUUUCGAUACGAACUCCUUUUCGAGAAGCUGAACGACGAGGUCUUUGCUGAAAGCUCGCGUUUCGGUUCUGAAGCGAUCGGCGCCUUUCGCACCGUAGUAUCGCUGGGCCUCGAGGAUUCGAUAUCAGCGCGUUUUGAGACUCUCUCCCACGGUCACGUCAUGGCGGCAUACAAGAAGGCGCGAUGGGUCAGCAUCGUCUUGGGAUUCUCGGAAAGCGCUACGCUAGGUUUUCAGGCCCUCAUCUUCUACUAUGGCGGCCGACUUCUCGCUAAUGGGGAGAUUGGGAUCGUGGCAUUCUUUGUGUGCCUCAUGGCUAUGAUGGGUGCCGCAGAAGCCUUCGGCCAGAGCUUAAACUUUGGACCCAACGCCGCCCAGGCAACCGCCGCAUCAAACCGCAUUCUCGAUGCUAGAGGCUCUCGCUUAGCGGCGAUUCCUGGGGACACCGAUAUCCCAGAGUCCCGGGAUGGAAUCGAGAUCAACUUCCGUAACAUUCGCCACAGGUAUCCGGGUCAGAAGUUUCCUGCUCUUAAUGGUCUGACAUUGGCCGUUGAGAAGGGCCAAUUUGUGGCCCUCGUUGGCGCAUCAGGGUCCGGAAAGACAAGCAUCGUCUCUUUGUUGCAGAGGUUUUAUGAGCCGGAGAGUGGUCAGAUCCUGUUCAAUGGGAAGAACAUUGCCGAGAUCGAUAUCUACACUUACCGCAGGCACUUGGCUUUAGUGGCACAAGAACCUACUCUAUUCCAAGGUACUAUUCGAGACAACGUCCUUCUUGGUAUUGACGCCGGAACUGUCACCGACGAUGAACUCUACAGUAUAUGUCGUGAUGCUUCGAUUCACGAUUUUGUCACGUCUCUUCCAGAGGGAUAUAAUACUGAUAUAGGACCCCGUGGCGUAUCUCUCUCUGGUGGGCAGAAGCAGCGCAUCGCUAUUGCUCGCGCCCUUAUGCGUAAACCCCAGAUCCUCAUCCUUGACGAGGCCACCAGCUUUCUUGAUUCGGAAAGUGAAAGAUCCGUCCAAGCAGCCUUCGAGCGUGCGGCAAAAGGAAGAACGAUGAUUGUGGUUGCACACCGGCUGGCAACUGUCCACAAUGCGGACGUUAUAUUCGUCUUGGGUGCCGGCGGCCGACUACUGGAGAAAGGAAACCAUCAGGAGCUGCUGAGGAUGAGGGGCGUAUAUUACCAAAUGUGCCAAAAUCAAGCGCUCGGCUAA